UAUAUAUUUUCAACUUUACAUGAUGCGAGAUGAGGAUUUAUCAGGGUCUAGCGUGGAUUGCAUAAGUAUUUUUACUUAAGUAGUUUUUUCGGGUUUAUGUACUUUACUAUUUGUAUUUCUGACAACUUUUACUCCAUUGCAAUCCUAAAGAAAAUAAUGUACUUUUUACUCCUUACAUUUUCCCUGACACCCAAAAGUACUCGUUACAUUUUGAAUGCUUAGCAGGACAGAAAAUGUCUAAUUCAUGCGCUGAUCAAGAUAACAUCCCUUGUCAUCCCUACUCCCUCUGAUCUGGCAGACUCACUAGACACAUGCUUCAUUUGUAAAUUAUGUCUGAGUGUUGAACUGUGACCCUGGCUACCUGUAAAUUAAAAAAAAGUGUUGUCUGGUUUGCUUAAUAUAAGACAUUUUAAAUUAUUUAUACUUUUACUUUUGAUACUUAAGUACAUUUAAAACCAAAUACUUUUAGACUUUUACGCAAGUAGUAUUUUACUGAGUGACAUACUUUUAAUUGAGUCAUUUUAUUUGAAGGUGUCUUUAACUUUUACUCAAGUAUGACUAUUGGGUACUUUUUCCACCACUGCAUUUACGCAACUAUAUCAUAUGUGUGAUUGCCCUCACUGGGCCGACUGUGAUGUAUUUUAUAUACAUGUAUUUUGUGUUCAGCAGUAAUGCGCCGGUGCUUCCACGUCCUUACCACCAGAUGUCAGUUUAGAGACGAGGAAGGAUGUUUUUGUUCUUGCUGAAAAACGAGACCACAUAACCGACGAGAUUCUCGCAGGAACAUCUGAUGCGCACCAUCAUCGUUCCAUCAAUGUACGUCUAUGCCGCUGUCCGUUGGCCACGGGUGGAGACAACAAUGUUAGGAACAUGUGAUACUCAACUAAACAGUUGCAACUUUUGGAUUCUUUCAAUGCACAAUAUUCUCAAACCCUUUCCGGGUCCAUAAAAAAAAAUGUUUGGUAGUAGUGGAGUUAAGUUAAACCCAAAUUCAUUGUAGACCAAUGCCCUGCAAUAAGUUUGAAUGAUAAGAAGCUACAGAAAACAACUUAACUGAUAGACUGGAAGGCCCAGUUGCUAUAACAUAUCUAUAAAGCUGGGAGACAGCAGCAAGAUGCUGGUCUCUACAGACAUUGAUUCACUGACCAGUGUGAGGAGGAGUCUGGUCCCUCAGAUGUCUUAAUGAAGGCACUGCUCUGACUGAGACUGAGUUCUAAAAGGCGGACAAGUGUGACACUGUCUCCUCCUGCUUUUGGGUAGCCUUUAUAUUCUGUGUAGUAGGAUCUCCCCAUUGCCCCCUAAAGCCUCAAGAUGGGCCCAUUCUUAGACUUCAACCCUUUUGAUAACCUGCUGUGCAUUCUCUUGGGCAUCUCCUUCACUGUGUGGUUCACCCUACUGCUCGUCUUCAUCAUCGUGCCUGCCAUCUUUGGAGUGUCCUUUGGCAUUCGCCGGCUCUACAUGAAAACCUUACUGAAGAUCUUUGAGUGGGCCACGCAUAGAAUUGAAAGAGGAGCCAAGGAUAACAACCAUCUCUUGUACAAGCCCUACUCGAAUGCCAUCAUUGCCAAGGAGCCCACCUCCCUGGAGGAGGAGAUUAAUGAGAUUCGGCGCCGUGGCAGUAACCGGGACCUGGACUCCGCUUCUGAGUUUGAGAUGUCAGACAUCUUCUACUUCUGCCGGCGAGGAGUGGAGAGCAUCAUGGACGACGAGGUGACCAAGAGGUUUUCUGCUGAGGAGCUGGAGUCAUGGAACCUGCUGACCCGUAGCAACUAUAACUUCCAGCACAUCAGCCUGAGGCUGACGGUCCUGUGGGGGCUGGGGGUGGUGAUCCGCUACGGCUUCCUGCUGCCUCUCAGGGUAACUCUUGCCUUCACUGGGGUGGGUCUUCUCGUCGUUCUCACAUCCAUCAUCGGGUUUCUUCCAAAUGGGAGGAUGAAGAACUUCCUCAGUGAGCAGGUGCAUCUUAUGUGUUACCGUAUCUGUGUCAGAGCGCUCACUGCCAUCAUCACCUACCACGACAGUGAAAACAAGCCCAAGAAUGGAGGGAUCUGUGUGGCCAACCACACCUCACCCAUCGACGUCAUCAUCUUGGCCAGUGAUGGCUGCUAUGCAAUGGUUGGGCAAAUCCAUGGUGGUUUGAUGGGCGUAAUCCAGAAGUCUAUGGUGAAAGCCUGUCCACACAUUUGGUUUGAACGCUCUGAAGUCAAAGACCGACAUCUAGUGGCCAAAAGAUUGAGUGAUCAUGUAGAAGACACAACUAAACUUCCUAUUCUCAUUUUCCCCGAAGGCACCUGCAUCAACAACACUUCAGUAAUGAUGUUUAAAAAGGGCAGCUUUGAGAUUGGCUCCACAGUCUACCCUGUGGCCAUCAAGUACGACCCCCGCUUUGGAGAUGCCUUCUGGAACAGCAGCCAGUUUGGGAUGGUCAACUACCUGCUGAGGAUGAUGAGCAGCUGGGCCAUUGUGUGCAGUGUGUGGUACCUGCCACCCAUGACCAGAGAGGACGGAGAGGAUGCAGUCCAGUUUGCCAGUCGGGUCAAAGCAGCUAUCGCCAGGCAAGGAGGGCUGGUGGACUUGCUAUGGGAUGGCGGUUUAAAGCGAGGGAAAGUAAAAGAUACAUUCAAAGAGGAGCAACAAAAGUUAUACAGCAAAAUGCUAGUGGGAACCCAAGAGGACCGCAGUCGUUCUUGAAGUGAAACGUACAGAGUAUGAGAUGAUCAGAGACCCACCUGUGGACAACAGAGUGGACAGUCUUCUGCACCCUUAAGGAUGUUUUUGACCUGGAAUACUCCAACCCUCAUGUCAGGAAUUCUUCACUUGGCUUCCUCGGUCAGUGCCUCAGCUUGGCAUAUUAAGUUCUUAUUGCUGUUACAGCCCAUUCUGGUCACUGUCCUCUGAUUCUAAUGAUUUGACAAUGGACUGGCCACUACUGCACCAGCCUGUCAUGAUGCUGUGCACUAAGAGUUCUCUCACCAUCAGGGAAGAUAACACACUCUCUUUUGAGUGACUAAUAUAUUUAUGACCUUCGUUGAGUUAAUGUAUAUGUUUUGUUUUUAUCUGGUCUCUCUGUUUAUUGUUAAUAGUAUUAUGACAGUUAUCAUCAUUGUUCUUUAAGUUACAAGUGAUCUGCCAUGGGACGUAGCAGUGCAGCAUAGAGAAUUAUUGGAGAGCUUGUACUGAAGGGGAAAUCUGUGACCAUGUUGUUCCCAACAGACUGAGAUGGCAAGGUACCACGUGAAUGUUUCUAAUACCUUUUUAAUUGUUUUUUUUUUCAAUGAAAACCUUUUUUAUUUUAAGCAUUGUAUUCACAUGUAAAAUAUAGGAGUUAUGUUAAAAUGGA